GAAUAGUACUGGCUCACUUGAAGGUGCAGCUUGAACAGUUUGUCAUUCUGCUUCUCCUUUUUGCACGCGACUCACAGGCACGGAGUUACACUUGGGUUGUGGGGUUUUUUUUUGGUGUAGAGUAAAAGCUAUUGAAAUAUUUGGAUGAUGCUUCUUGUAUCACGAUGAUGUGGUGAUCUCCAACAUGAAACUGUACAUCUUCCUUAAAAAGUUCAACUGGUCCAAUAGAAGCAGUUUCUCCGAGUCUUCUGUACCGACUCGGACCUGAUUACAAUAUUUUAGUGUCAACCUUCCCACACAGAGACUAAACGAUUUCUACAGUAGAUUUAUUUUUUUGGCCAGAAGAAGCUACUGCGAACUGUUGGAACGUCUGUUUAAAAAUUUCACCGAGAAAACGCGGUGUCUCUUUCGUGUGCGGGCUGAGUGGAAUGUAAUUCAGACGUCUGGGGCGAGAAGGAAACGAGAAACUCUGGGCACGAGUGAGACCAUGCUGAAAGGACAGGAGCAGUCCGCUCCAGUCAGCAUCGAUGAGGUCUCCAGCAUCUCCCAGGUGUCUGUGGGGAAGCGUCUGAAGUACGUUUCUCUCGGGGUUUUGGUGCUCCAGACCACCUCGCUGGUCCUGACCAUGCGCUACUCGCGCACUCUGCAGUCCGACGGGCCACGAUACCUCGCCUCAUCGGCCGUCGUGUUCUCCGAGAUCCUCAAGAUCAUCACCUGCACUCUGCUCGUCUUCAGAAUCAACAAUUUUAGUGUUCAAGGCCUGAAUCGGGUGCUGCAGGAGGAGAUCAUUCACAAACCCUUCGAUACGAUGAAGCUGAUGGUCCCAUCAGGCAUCUACACGCUGCAGAACAACCUGCUCUACAUCGCUCUGUCCAACCUGGAUGCAGCUACGUACCAGGUUACGUAUCAGCUGAAGAUCCUCACCACCGCUCUGUUCUCCAUGUUGAUGCUCGGGAGGAGACUUGGCAUCUUCCAGUGGUUCUCGUUACUCCUUCUAAUGAUGGGCAUCGCUUUCGUACAGUGGCCAUCACAGUUUCCCUCCAGCUCUAAGAAGGAGGAGAUGGUUGUGGGUUCGCAGUUAAUCGGCGUGCUCGCCGUGCUGUUUGCCUGCUUCUCCAGUGGCUUUGCUGGUGUUUACUUUGAGAAGAUCCUCAAAGAGACCAAGCAGAGCAUCUGGAUCCGCAACAUUCAGCUGGGUUUGUUUGGUAUAAUCUUUGGAUUAAUUGGAGUGUUUGCUCAGGAUCGAGAUAAAGUCCUGGAGAAUGGAAUUUUACAGGGUUAUAACAACAUGACCUGGGCUGUAGUGAUUCUACAGGCGAUGGGGGGCUUGAUUGUCGCGGCGGUUAUCAAGUACGCAGACAACAUCCUGAAGAGCUUUGCCACAUCUGGCUCCAUCAUCUUAUCCACCCUCAUCUCUUACUUCUGGCUGCAGGACUUUAAUCCUACCAGUUUGUUCUUUGUGGGUGCCGUGCUGGUCAUCAUAGCGACGUUUCUGUAUGGGUACGACUGGAAAUCCAUCGUGAACCUGGGCAAACCCUAGGACGAGGGACGUGGUGUCAACACGAUGGAGCUGCCUGCGGAGACCCGGCACUGAAGACCAGACAAGAAGAAGAAGAAGGAGGAGGAGAAGAAGGAGGAAGACGAGAGUGUCUGAAGAUCAGGGGUGUGAUGAUGAUGAUAUAUGAGUAUGAUGAUGUAUAGUAUUACGCUAAUGUGAACCGGUUUCCGGCUGGAGGACGGCAUCGAGGCAAGACUGUGCGGUAUUACAGGCUCGAUGCAUUAGAUUACUGACCGUCCCUGAUUUAUAAACUUCUCUCUCACUUAAGGUUUACAUUAAAUGAUCAAUGGAGGACUUGGCAUGGCUUCCUGUAUCUGUAUUUAUCAUCUGUCUAAAGAUGCUCAGUUUCCCUCAGGUACUGUAAUAAAAGCAAGACUCUGUUGCUUUCCAGA